AUGGUCUCCUCCACACCGAAUGUAUUUAUUCUGGAUUGUUCUAGCUGCCCCGCUGCCCUUUGGCCCCCUGAAGAAGAAAUCAUGCUGAAGAAAUCACUGCUGGAGAAUGAACACCGUGAUGGCUUGAACCCAGACUGUGGAUCUCAGAGCCCCUUGGAAAGCAGCAGCAGCAGCAAUAAUGACACCCCGGACAAUGUGGCUCCCCCAGAGGACACAGAUAUGCUAUCGCUGAUGCAAACCUUGAUCCAUUUAUUGAAAAGUAAUAUUGGCACAGGGCUCCUGGGCCUUCCUUUGGCCAUGAAAAAUGCCGGCUUGUUGGUGGGGCCCAUCAGCCUGCUGGCCAUCGGGGUCCUCACAGUGCACUGCAUGGUCAUCCUGCUGAACUGCACUCACCACGUCACCCAGAGAUUGCAGAAGACCUUUGUGAACUACGGAGAGGCCAUGAUGUACAGCCUGGAAUCCUGUCCCAGCCCGUGGCUCAGGACCCACUCCAUGUGGGGAAGGUACACAGUCAGCUUUAUGUUAAUUGUCACACAGCUGGGCUUCUGCAGCGUUUAUUUUAUGUUCAUGGCAGACAAUUUACAACAGAUUGUGGAGGAAGCUCCCACCACCUCCAACACAUGCCAACCCAGACAGAUCCUGGUGCUGGGCCCCAUCCUGGACAUUCGCUUCUACAUGCUGUCCAUCCUGCCUUUCCUGGUGCUGAUGGUGCUCAUUCAGAACCUCAGGGUGCUGUCCAUCUUCUCCACGCUGGCCAGCGUCACCACCCUGGGAAGCAUGGCUCUGAUCUUUGAGUAUAUCAUCCAGGGAAUCCCCCAUCCUGGGAACCUACCGCUGGUGGCCAACUGGAAGACCUUCUUGCUAUUCUUCGGGGCAGCCAUCUUCGCCUUUGAAGGCGUGGGCAUGGUACUACCUCUCAAAAACCAGAUGAAGAACCCACAGAAGUUUUCCUUCGUUCUCUACCUGGGGAUGUCCCUUGUCAUCUCCCUCUACAUCUGCCUGGGGACACUAGGCUAUAUGAAGUUUGGGUCGGACACAAGAGCCAGCAUCACCCUCAACUUACCCAACUGCUGGCUCUACCAGUCGGUGAAGCUGAUGUAUUCCGUGGGGAUUUUCUUCACCUAUGUGCUGCAGUUUCAUGUUCCAGCCGAGAUCAUCAUCCCCUUCGCCCUGUCCCACGUGUCCGAGAGCUGGGCGCUGUUUGUAGACCUGACGGUCCGCACUGCCCUGGUGUGCCUCACCUGCGUGCUGGCCGUGCUCAUCCCCCGGCUGGACCUGGUCAUCUCUCUGGUGGGCUCGGUGAGCAGCAGCGCCCUGGCCCUCAUCAUACCCCCGCUGCUGGAGAUCACCACCUUCUACUCUGAGGAUAUCAGCUUUGUCACCAUUGCUAAAGACGUCCUGAUCAGCAUCCUGGGCCUGUUAGGGUGUAUAUUUGGGACCUACCAAGCCCUCUACGAGCUGACCCAACACAACUUCUAUUCCAGAGUCAACUUUACUGGUGGCAUCCAUGUAUAA